AUGCAGACACUCCAGUUUCCCAACAAGACAUACAGCAAGAGUUUGCACAUACCUUCCCUUGGCCUUGCUCUCGUGCUGCUGAUCUGCUUGGCCUCUCCUACGAGUUGCUGCACGGAGCAGGAGAAGGGCUACCUUCUCCAGUUCCUAGGAGGGCUUUCACAAGACGGUGGUCUCGCUGCGUCCUGGCAGCAUGACACGGAUUGCUGCCAGUGGGAAGGGAUCACCUGCCAGAAAGAUGGGACGAUCACCGAUGUCUUGCUGGCUUCAAAGGGUCUUGAGGGGCAUAUUUCAAAGUCCAUUGCAAAUCUAACAGGGCUGCAGCACCUUAACCUCUCCCACAACGCUCUGUCCGGUGGACUACCACUGGAGUUGGUAUCGUCCAGCAGCAUCGUUGUCCUUGACAUCAGCUUUAAUCAGUUCAGCGGAACGCUGCACGAGCUGCCAACUUCGGCUCCUGCCCAGCUACUCAAGGUAUUGAACAUCUCAAGCAACCUGUUUACAGGACAGUUCCCAUCCACCAUAUGGAAAGCAAUGGAGAAUCUGGUUGAGCUCAAUGCCAGUAAUAAUAGCUUUAGUGGGCAGAUACCAACUCAAUUCUGUAACACCUCUCCAUCCUUUUCUGUGCUUGAUCUGUGUUUAAACAAAUUCAGUGGCAGCAUCCCCCAAGGCCUUGGUGAUUGCUCAAAGCUGAGAGAGCUCAGGGCCGGGUAUAACGACCUCAGUGGAACAAUCCCGGAUGAACUCUUCAAUGCUACUUCGUUGGAAUACCUGUCCUUUUCUAACAAUGAAUUGCAUGGAGAUCUUGAUGGUACACACAUAUUCAACCUCAGAAAUCUGUCUACUCUUGAUCUAGGAGGAAACAAUUUCAGUGGCAAGAUUCCAGAUUCCAUAGGUCAGCUCAAGAAAUUGCAGGAGCUCCAUUUGAACAACAACAAUAUGUCAGGGGAGCUGCCAUUUGCUGUGAGCAAUUGCACGAAUCUGAUAACAAUUGACCUCAAGAGCAACAAUUUCAGUGGUCAGCUCUCCAAUGUCAAUUUCUCCAACCUGCCCAAUCUAAAAACACUAGACCUUCUGGAGAACAACUUCACUGGCACAAUUCCAGAAAGUAUAUACUCUUGCACCAGUCUGACUGCACUGCGACUGGCAAGCAACCAUUUAGAUGGACAGCUUUCACCACGAAUUGGUGAUCUGAAGUACCUCAGCUUCCUAUCACUUGCUGAAAAUUCUUUCAGAAACAUCACAAAUGCACUUCGGAUCCUUAAGAGCUGCAGGAACCUUACCACCCUGCUUCUCGGGGGAAAUUUCAGGGGAGAGCUCAUGCCAGAUGAUGACAUACUUGAUGGUUUUCAGAAUCUUCAGGUUCUUGCGAUAAAUAGGUGCUCAUUAUUGGGGGAAAUACCUCGUUGGUUAUCAAAGAUAAAAAACUUGGAAAUGCUAUUUUUACAUAGCAAUCAACUUACUGGACCGAUACCUGACUGGAUCAGCAGCCUAAAUUUCCUCUUCUAUCUAGACAUAAGAAACAACAGCCUCACUGGAGAAAUUCCAACAGCACUGAUGGAUAUGCAUAUGCUGAAGUCAGAAACGACUGAAGCCCAUUUGGACCCAAGUGUCUUCGAGCUACCAGUUUAUAAAGGCCAAUCACUUCAAUACCGUGUACCCACUGCAUUCCCUAAAGUGCUGGAUUUAAGCAACAAUAAAUUCACUGGUGAGAUACCCCUGGAUAUUGGUCAAUUGAAAGGCCUUCUGUCAGUCAAUUUGAGCUUCAACGACUUCACAGGACAGAUACCACAAUCAAUAUGCAAUCUCACAAAACUGCAGGAGCUAGAUUUGUCCAGCAACUAUCUCACAGGUGGUAUCCCAGCUGCAUUGAACAACCUGAACUUCCUUUCAGCAUUCAACAUUUCACACAAUGACCUAGAAGGGCCUAUUCCAUCUGGAGGCCAGUUUAAUACAUUUCAAAAUUCUAGUUUCGAUGGGAAUCAAAAGCUCUGUGGCUCUAUGCUCACUCAUAAAUGUCGUCCAGGAUCAACACCUUUAGUUCCCAGAAAACAAGGCAAUAAGAAGGCCAUUUUUGCAAUUGCAUUUGGUGUGUUCUUUGGAGGUAUUGCUGUUCUUUUGUUGCUGGGGCGUCUCCUUGUCUCAGACCGGAUGAAAGGUUUUAUAGCAAAAAAUCGAAGGGAGAAUAACGGAGGUAAUGAAGCAACUUCAUUCUACUCCAGUUCAGUGCAAACACUAGUGGCGAUGCGGAUGCCACAAGGAAAGGGAGAAGAAAACAAGCUCAAAUUCACCGACAUUGUGAAAGCUACAAACAACUUUGACAAGGAGAACAUCAUAGGAUGUGGAGGUUAUGGAUUAGUCUACAAGGCAGAGCUACCUGAUGGUUCCAAGCUUGCAAUUAAAAAACUCUACGAUGAAAUGUGUCUGAUGGAAAGGGAGUUCACUGCAGAGGUUGAUGCUCUCUCCAUGGCACAACAUGAAAACCUUGUACCGCUGUGGGGUUACUGCAUUCAGGGGAACUUAAGGUUUCUCGUAUAUUCCUAUAUGGAGAAUGGCAGCCUGGAUGACUGGCUCCAUAACAGAGAUGAUGAUGCUAGCUCAUUUCUUGACUGGUCGGCGCGGCUCAAGAUCGCACAAGGAGCAAGCUUGGGUCUUUCUUAUAUUCAUGAUGUCUGCAAGCCUCAUAUCGUCCACCGUGACAUAAAGUCCAGUAACAUCCUACUGGACAAAGAAUUCAAAGCUUAUGUUGCCGAUUUUGGGCUAGCCAGAUUGAUCCUUCCCAACAAAACUCAUGUUACAACUGAGUUGGUCGGCACGAUGGGUUACAUCCCCCCCGAGUAUGGGCAAGCAUGGGUUGCUACUUUAAGAGGUGAUGUAUACAGUUUUGGAGUAGUCUUGCUUGAGCUGCUCACAGGAAGGAGACCUGUUCCAGUCCUGAGUACAUCAAAAGAACUUGUCCCAUGGGUUCUACAGAUGAGGUCUGAGGGUAAGCAGACUGAAGUCUUGGAUCCAACACUUCGACGAACAGGAAAUGAAGAGCAAAUGCUGAAAGUGCUUGAAACCGCUUGCAAGUGUGUUGAUAACAAUCAAUUCAGAAGGCCAGCUAUCAUAGAAGUGGUCUCCUCCCUGGCCAGUACAGAGGCUGACCCAUAG